AUGCUGUCGCAGCUCACUGGACCGUUCGUAAUCAUGUCCCCGUUCUCAACUGCUAGCAGCGGUCUGUUCCUUCGGUGCUCUCGAGUGAAAGCUGGGAACAGCGCCGAGAUCUGUGGCACCGAGAAGCUUAUUACACUCGGAAAUUUGCGCCCUGUGUUGCCGGUUAGAAUGAGGCGACAGGGACAGGGACAGGGGCAAUACGGGGAUCCUAACAUCAAUUCCAUGGCCUCUUCCCAGUUGCAUCACUACCAGGCUCAGCAAAGGGUUCAACAACUCCCUGAUAAUAGUUACCCUGGAAGAGAUCCUGGGCAAGCUGCUGGGGAGAACCAGUAUACCACCCAGAAGGUGAGACAGAGCCAAUGGGACAGAGGUGGACCGAAUAUCCCGAAUCAGAUUUCACCAUAUGCAUAUAACGAGGGUCAAAGUGCUGAGGGUAAACGAUCCUUCUAUGAUGGACAACAAUCUGAUAUGAAGGUUGGUCUAGAAAAGCAACCAAGAAAGGAAUCGAGGGACCAGCCUCGUACCGAUAAGAUUGAAGCAAGGCACGAUGAGUAUAAUCUUCCUCGUACAUUUGAAAGUCUAGAGCAGAGUUUUCGUGAAGACAUCGUGGUCCUAUCCAAGGAACUAAAUGAUGCAGAGGAUGCUGAAAAUACUAGGCACAGGGAGAGAUUGAACGAAAUAAAUGCACAGUACCAUGAGAAACUAUUGGCACUUCGAGCUCGCCAGACGGCCUAUCGAGAAGAAUUCCUGCGCAAAGAGUCUCUGGAACGCCAGCAGCAAUACCAAAAGGCCACCAUAAGCAAUUAUGCAAAUAAUGUGGUGCCUAGGGAACCACGUGGCUAUCCUCCAACAGCUGCAGCCACGCCUCCUGCUGCUGCUCCCUCUGGAGGUUCUUAUGGAGAGGCUCAUCGGGGUUAUGCAUCUGGUCAGUAUGAAACCUUUGGGGAGCGGCCAGAUUACCCAGAGUUCCAUGGUGGGGGCCAAGGCCGCGAUCAUGGUUUUGAGCACCGUGGUCAUCAAUACCCUGGCGGUCGUGCUUAUAACUCUGGCGGGCGCAGAUUCUAA